GUUUCAUGGUGAGGGGUAUCAGGAGGGGUAUGCUGAAGGCAGUCACGUUGGAGUUAUUGAGGGAAGGAGGUAUGGAUCGCUCCAUGGUGCCAAGAUUGGGUCAGAGAUUGGCAGCUACCUUGGGUUUGCACUGACGUGGCAGUGUCUGCUCCAGAAAUGCACAGAUGAAAAGAACAGCAAAAAGAUAAGGGCUCUGGAUUCAUUAAUAGGGAUGAUUCAGAAAUUCCCAUAUGAAGACCCCACUUACGAUAAGCUGCAAGAAGAUCUGGAAAAAAUCAGAGGAAAAUUUAAACAGGUUUGUUCAAUGCUAAAUAUUCAGUCCGAUUUUAGAAUCGGUACUGAAAGAUCUUCACUAACAUUUUGAAUAUAACAGAUGAAGAUAAACAUGGAUGACCAAAGAAGAAACAUUAAAAGAACAGAUAACUGGAAAA